AUAAAUCAGUAAACAACUUAAGUUCAGAACCUGCCCUACAAUCCAAACGCUCGUGUGAGUGGGCUUCCCUUUACCAAAUAUAGGACAGCCAGCCAGGCUCUGCAGCCGCUCUCUCUCUGGAUUGCACCAUCGCAGGGAAUGAGUCUGAACUUGCGAUGAAAGCCGGAGAUGAAUUCUUCAUCUGUGACCCACAUAAUGGCGGUAUAUCUGGGUGGGUGAGCGGAGCCCCGCCGCGUUUCCAGCCCGCUCCUCCGCCGGUGCUGCUGGAGCUUUAAGCGGCGCACCUCACCUCGCCUCGCCUCGCCUCGCGUCGACUCGCCUCGUCUCCCAUCUUCCUCCGCCUGGAUCCGACUCUCCUCCUCCUCCUCCUCCUCCUCCUCCUUCUCCUCUCUCCAUCUCGCUUCCAGAAGGAGGAGAGGAGCGGGAAGCAGAAGAGCCGCGCGUCGAGGAGGAAAAAAAAGGGGCCGACGGACGGAGACGGGAAAAGUAAGGCUGAGAAAUUACCCAAGGUUUUCUGCGUGGGAUUCAAGCUGAAGGGCUCAGCGUGAAGCGGCUGACCACACAGAGGAGGGGAGGCUUCAGCCCGGCCUUUAUCUGACCUGACACUUCCAUCUCUUACCAGCACCACCUUCUCCUCACUCUGGGGCCCCGACUCUUACUCCACCAACUCGUUUCUCACCUGCCCAUCCCCCCGCCUCCCCCCCGAUCGAUCCGCACCUGAACCUCCUCCGUCCUCCCUCUCCCCCAGCCUCGGCGACUCUACCCCGAGCUGCUGAGGCCAUGGCCGUGCCCGGGGUCCACGAGUUUCACUGGCAGAGCCUGGCCCGGUUGCCCAGCGGCCGUGUCUACCACACCCUGUGUGAUGUGGGGGGGCAGAUGUUCAUGCUGGGUGGCUGCGAUGCUGCUGCAAGGCCUUGUCCAACCGUUGAACUCUACUCCCCGGAGGGCGACCGGUGGAUCAGCCUGGCCCCCAUGCCCACCCCUCGUGCUGGGGCGGCCGUGGCAGUGCUCGGAAAGCAGAUCCUGGUGGUGGGAGGAGUGGGAGAGGACCAGAGCCCCCUAAAGGUGGUGGAGAUGUACAACACGGACGAAGGGAGGUGGAGGAAGAGGAGCGCUCUGCGGGAGGCACUGAUGGGUGUGUCAAUCACUGUCAAAGAUGGACGGGCUCUGGCUUUAGGGGGAAUGGGUGCUGACCUGCUCCCUCGUAACAUCCUGCAGCAGUACGACCUCCGAAAGGACGUGUGGGGGCUGCUUCCCCCGAUGCCGACUCCACGCUACGAUGCCAACGCCCAUCUGCUGGGCGGCAAACUCUAUGUGGCAGGCGGCCGUCAGUGUAAACGUCCGGUGAAGGCCUUCGAGAUGUACGACACAGAGACGCGCACUUGGACUACACUACCCAUAAUGCCGUGUAAACGUUCAUACGGGGGCGUCAUAUGGGAUCCGGCCGGGAGGCUGUGUCUGCUAGGAGGACUGAGGCAGGGGGGAGGACACCAGAGCUCCAAGUUCACCAAGAACGUCAACAUUUUUGACACCAACCAAGGUGCGUGGCUCAGGUCGGAGGAGACGGUGGCCAUGAAAACCAAGAGGGCCGACUUUGCUGCUGCCUUUCUGCGCGGCCGCAUGGUGGUGGCAGGAGGGCUAGGUCACGAGCCCUCAGCUCUAGACACGGCGGAGGCCUUUCAUCCUCAGAGGAAGAAGUGGGAGAGGCUGGCACCCAUGACGUCCCCCAGAUGCUCCACCUCUUCCAUCGUCAUCAGAGACCGCCUUCUGGUGGUGGGAGGGGUCAACCAGGUCCCCAGCUCUGCCCACGAGAUCCUGUACAUCAAAGAAGAAGAGUACCUGUAGCCCGUGGUUCCCUGACUAGAUCCAGAUGAAUGCAGCAGCGCGUCGGUGACUCCGCUUUCUCCGCUCUUGAAGAGUUCCCUCCCGAUUUAGACUGUAGUGCAAUAUUUAGUCGAACACAGUGGGAAGGGAAAUGGGUAAAAGUCUGGCUGUCUCGUGUAAUGCGAUGGAACACUGCCCCCUGCUGGACCGACCCGACGCUGAGCCCCCACAUGUCAGCACACGUCCUGUACUGUACGCACACCGGAGGAGCUGGCUCUUUCUUUUUACCGAGUUGUUCCUCGACACUUAAAAAAAAAAAAAAAAAAAAAUGAUGUGACACUUCUGCAUUGUACGUUGUAGUGCAUACUGGGAGAAGGAACUAUUUUGUAGCUGUCGUGUCCACGGCUGUAGACAGAUGAUAUACAGACAACCUACGUUAUUUUAUUGCAUAUUUAUAUUUCGUGUCUUUUUUGUCUUUAUUUAUGUGCAGCUUGUGAACAAGUGUGCAGUUGUAGAUGUAGAGAGAACUAUGACGACACGACUGCAAUAAUCGGAUAUUAUUUUGGGGUUUGGGAAAGGAAACUCUUUAAUGUUGGGUUUAUAAACUGCUCUGUUACAGACUUUGCACUAAAGCAACUGGGGUUUAUGCCAUUGAUUUUUUUUUUUCCAGUGGUGAUGUGUAGUAGUAAUUAAUAAUUACUCUAAAGAUACUGUAAUAUCAGUCCUCUCUGCUGUUCACAUUUGUGCUAUUAGUCAUUCACAUGAUGUAAUAGCUGCAGCGUGUUAAAUGAUAAUACAGGAUGAUUGUGCACAUUUCAUCCACAUCUCCUUUGGUGUAACGCGUGCUUGUUUAGUAACAGUCAUCCCUUAAUAUCUCUCUCAGGCUGUGAUCUAGUCAACAAAUGGAUUUGUCUCUAAAUAUCCUGCAGGGUGGUGGUUUGCUGUCUUCGUAGCCGACGCUCUCUUUGGCUCAGGCUCGUAUGUAACAGAUGAAUAACUUGUAGACUUUUGUUUUGUUUCGUUUUUUAAUGAGUGUGUUGGUAAUUCAUAAUUCAUUUCAUUUCACCCAUGCGCGUCAUGUAUUAUUAAGGAUAUGAAAAGUCAUAUUCAGUGAAAUAAACUGAACCUCUAGCCUG